AUGCGCUCACGCUUCCGGUCCUUCUCGUUCAGUCCACAACUACCGACCUAUGCAUCGGUUGCUGCGCUCGCUACAGCACUCUUCCUCGGCCUCGUCCGCUUCUUGCUGAUCGACAGAUCAGACCCCAUACACUGCGAGGCACUCGCCACGAGCGGUCGCUGGUCAGGGCAUGGCUUCAAGAACUGGCAGCCUGAUGGCUGCAUGAUGCAUUCGUACAGAGCCGCGGACGCGGAGACGUGCUUGGACCGCCGGACCGCGGUAUUCAUCGGCGACUCUGUCACUCGAAAGCUCUUCUUUCAGUUUGCGAAUAUACUAGACUCUCGGCUGCCAACCACCGUACCCGAUGACGACCAGAAGCAUGCGGACCACCAUCUGCGCUCGGCGUCGGGAACCGAGCUGUCAUUCUUCUGGGAUCCCUUCCUCAACUCGUCACACGUCGACGCGUUGACAGCCCGUCUGUCCGCAUCUCCGAGAUCACGCCCGGCAGUACUCGUCAUCGGCACUGGCCUGUGGUACCUGCGUUACGCUUCGUCUUCAGGCGGCAUGCCUGCGUGGGAGGCGAAGAUGAAGGUCGUCUUGGACGCAAUCUCGCAGGCUGCCACUCGACCUGCCGAUCAGAUCUUUGUGCUACCCAUUGAAGACGUAGUGGAGACAAAACUUUCGCCGGAGCGUGCCGCGACCAUGUUGGGCUCGGACCGCGACGCCAUGAACUCAGACCUGUAUUUCCGAAUUCACCCCGACCGACCGAGUUACCUGGACUACCUCCAACCCAGGCGGCCAUCUGUACCCAUCACACUCCCUACCGUAUUCAACGCCAUGCUGGAUCCGUCCCAGACCGAGGACGGGCUUCAUUUCUCCGAUCCCGUCGUACGCAUGCAAGCAAACAUACUCUUCAACUCGCACUGCAACGAUCGCCUGCCGAAAGCGUUUCCCAUGGACAAGACAUGUUGUCGAAGCUAUCCUCGCCCCACCAUUCUGCAUGCCAUUGUGCUUGCAGCCAUUGUGCUCUGGGGCCCUUACACACUCCUUCUUUCGCGUCGAUACGGGUACAGAUCUCCCAGCGCCCCCCUCGUAGCUGAAGAUCAACUCCCCUCCUUGGUGAUCAGUGGCGCUCUCGCGCUCGUCUACCUAGCCGACAGAACAGGAUUCUGGUUGAAAGAACAGAAAAGCUUUGACUCAUGGGCGUUCACGGCGGUGAACCUAAUUUGCUUGGCCGUAGGGCUCGGAACGGUGAAACAAGCGGACAAAGAUCUAGGUUUCCUAAAUCGCGAACAGACAGAUGAAUGGAAGGGCUGGAUGCAAGUCGCCAUUCUAAUCUACCACUAUUAUGGCGCGUCGAAGAUCUCGGGGAUCUACAACUCCAUCCGCGUUCUUGUGGCGGCAUACCUAUUUAUGACCGGAUACGGGCAUACUUCCUUCUACCUCAAGAAGGCCGACUUCGGUUUCACGCGUGUAGCGCAGAUCGUGGUCCGCAUUAAUCUGUUCACCCUCUUUCUGGCCUAUGUCAUGAACGCGGACUAUAUCGGCUACUAUUUCUCACCGCUGGUGACGAUGUGGUACUUCAUCAUUUACGGCACUAUGUACGCCGGACACCAGUACAACGAUCGCGCAGUCUUCGUCGUGCUGAAGAUCGCGGGAUCCAUGGCGCUCGUGACUUGGUUCAUGAGCCAGCCGUACUUACUGACGGGACUCUUCGACGUCCUUGAGCGCUUCUGCGGCAUUCACUGGUCAGCGCGCGAAUGGGCCUUCCGCGUCAAUCUCGACCUGUGGAUCGUCUAUGUGGGAAUGGCUGUUGCGGUGCUUGUCAUCAAGAUAGGCCAGCACCGGCUGACCGAUCAUCCGCAGUGGACUCUGGUGUCUAAAGCCGCAACAGUUUUGUCUGGAUUCGUCAUGCUAUGGUUCUUCGGCUUCGAACUCACGCAGCCGGACAAGUUUGCAUACAACGCGUGGCAUCCUUAUAUCUCCUUCCUCCCGGUCCUCGCUUUCGUUGUCCUGCGCAAUGCCAACGCCAUCUUACGCUCUGCAUCCUCUCGCGCUUUCGCCUUUAUUGGACGCUGCUCGCUCGAGACAUUCAUCAUCCAAUACCACCUAUGGCUGGCUGCCGACACCAAGGGCAUCCUCAUCGUACUCCCAUGGACGCGUUGGCGUAGUCUCAACAUGCUUGUUACUGCCGUCAUGUUCGUCUUCGUUAGCCACCAUGUCUCGAACGCGACCAGCGAGCUUACCAAAUGGAUAUGCGGCACCACGGCACGUAAAGGCUUGCCGAGUACAAACGCGGACCUCACAUCGAGCAGCCGUCACGACCGGAACGCGGCACCCACGAUCGAAUUGCAGCAACCGAGUCCUAUCCAGCCCAAGGAUGACGAGGCUGCGCAUCUGGUGGAGCCUCCAACCCCGCGCCGCCAGCGAUGGGUGGACCGGCUCGCGGAAGGCCCGAGUACACCGCCCAACGCACCUCCAUCACCCGGCCUGCGUGUGUGGUACGGGGAUACCGAGUGGCAACCUGGAGGUGGUGUGAAAGUAGCCAUCGGGUUGGGCGCAAUGUGGGUACUGAAUAUGCUUUGGUCGUAUCCGCCACCGCCACCACCUCAUCCUUAG